AUGCCACGACAUUACCAUUACCAGCCUAGUCGCGAACUCCAUGUAGUAGUGCUGGGAGCAGGUGGCGUGGGUAAAAGUUGCCUGACUGCACAGUUCGUCCACAAUGAGUGGAUCGAGAGCUAUGAUCCCACCAUUGAAGAUUCUUAUCGCACUCAGCUCCAAGUCGAUGGACGUCAAGUUAUUCUAGAAAUCCUCGAUACUGCGGGGACUGAACAGUUCGGUAGGUCGUCUAUUGCUCAACAGCAUUCACACCUUGAUCCUCGUACUGAUAAUAAUGGUACAGUCGCUAUGAGGGACCUGUACAUGAAAACCGGUCAAGGAUUCCUUCUGGUAUUUAGCAUUACAUCGUCAUCCUCAUUGAGCGAACUGGCGGGUUUGCGCGAAGAGAUUAUCCGAAUAAAAGAUGACGAAAAUGUUCCACUCGUCAUUGUUGGUAACAAGGCAGAUCUGGAAGAGAACCGUGCUGUGGCUCGAGCCAAGGGCUUCUCCAUUUCGCAACGAUGGGGCGCACCCUACUAUGAGGCUAGCGCGAGGACGAGGACCAAUGUCGAUGAGGUCUUUAUCGAUCUCUGUAGACAAAUGCUACGCAAAGAGGAUGAACAAAACGCGAACGACGGUCCUAAUGACGAUUACAAGUAUGACAACGGUCGAAGUUCUCACAGACGCCAACGUCGCCGCCGAAAGAAGGAUUCACCGCGAUGUGCGAUCCUUUAA